CCCCCUCUCCCCAUGACCAUCCAAAAGACCCUCGCAGAUCUCUCUCUCUCUCUCUCUCUCUCUCUCGAUCUCUGAGAAGAAAGAACAAAAAUAAUCUCUCUCAGUCAACCAAGAAAAGAAAUAAUGGAAAUGGAACCAAGCCCACCAAUGGUGGCGGCCAAGAAGCUAUGGAACAUAGUUCGCGUGGUGUUCUUCAUGCUGAGAAAAGGCAUAUGCAAGAGCAAAAUAAUAAGCGAUCUCCAUUUGAUGCUCAAGCGUGGCAAGCUGGCGGGAAAAGCCAUGGCCGACAACCUCACUCUCCACGACCAUUUCUCAGCCUUGAGCUGCCGUUCCGACGACGCCCUCUCCUUCAUAUCCCCACGCGAAUAUGAAUUCAGCUGCAGCAACAGCCCCGCCUAUCCUCGCCCAUUCCAUUUCAACAUGAACAAGCGCAAGCACCACCACCACUCUUUCGGCGCCAAGCGCUAUCGUUUUGACGACGUGACUACCGCUACUGCCUUUCAGAAGGUGCUCGAGAUGCUGAACAACCACGACAGUACCGCCGCGCCGGUGGAGGCCUCUCCACUGGUGACGUUACCAGGGUUCGGAAAGAGCCCGAUGGUAAGGCAGCUGAGAGUAACCGACUCGCCGUUUCCCUUGAAGGACGACGGAGAUAGCCAGGUGGACAAGGCCGCCGAGGAGUUCAUCAAGAAGUUCUACAAAGACCUCACGUUGCAGAAAAGGAAGGCUGCACUUGAAUCACCAUACCAUUAUGCCACGCGAGGACGUCGAUGAAAAUCGAUCAUGGUUAUUAUACAUAGGGUGUGCAGCUAGCAGAGCUCUGCUGGAGUAACUUCAAUCCAUGUUUUUGUACAGCAAAUGCAUAUGGGAUCAGAAAGUUGUUAAUGCAGCCAGCACCUCCAUUUGAAGUAAAACAUGAUCAAGUUUUUGUUAUGUCAAAUUAGAAUCACACAUCAUGAUUUGUUCUGAUCUACUUCUGUAUUGAUGUCCUGCAUUGAACAAUAACUCUUUUUGGGUUUGAUUUUAGUUCACAAAUUUCAUUUUAAUUAUUUAACCUUCUUCCAGUACUUGGAUCCA